AUGCUUAAGACAUCGAAGGCUGGUCAUCUUUCGAGUAAAGGACAUAUUGAAGCCUUAGAAGAAGCGUCAGUGUCGCAGUCAAGCAGCGCAGCUCCAAACAACUCGGCGUCAGAGCAAACACUCACCAGUCCUGCCACUCUGCAGCACGAUAUCACCGACUACCUUGCGGACAACGCCAUGGUCAGACCAGACGGGAAUGUGGCCAAUGAAGCAGAUGUUUCACUGCUAGGAGGUGUGGUAUUUGCUGAAGGCCAUGUAUAUCAGAAUGGAACCCGGGUACCCUUCUUAGCUGGAGAGGAUCCAGAGCAUCGCGAGAAGGAGCGCCGACAGCAGCUUUACACCAAGCUUGCCAACCUUGCAAUUUAUCGAAACGACCUUAUUAGCAGCGUGAGCAAUGUAUUCGAGGAAGAUCACAAUGAAGACUUCACCGACGGAUUAUCUGCAACUCUGGAGGCGCUGCGGGGUUUGGAACUGGAAGACAAUGUUGCAGAAUCAGACGAUAUCGACGAUAUGGACGCACUUGGAUACCCACCUGUUUGCGACGAGAGUUGGAGUCCGUAUGGAUCAAAGACGAUGUUCAUGCUCGAUAUGCUGGAUAACCUUCCACGCCUGCGCCUUUCAGAUGACCAUAUGAAGGCAAUACUUUGGGUGAUGCGUGAAUGUGGCACCCCAGAUGUACCUACCUUUUCUCGUCUUCGAAAACUGCAGAACGAACUCCAAGGGGCCAUCGGGUUCUCACCUGAGCAUCACACAUCCUCUCAAGGGAACCAUUUCUACAUGAACCACCCUGCAAAGCUAAUCGCGCUGGACUGGGCCAACCCAAUGGUUCGCAACCAAUUUUCGUUAUACCCUGAAGUCGAUCGGAGCCUCCCGGUAUCUGAGAUGUGGCAAGCAGAGAAAUGGCUCAAAGAGGUCCCCGUCGAUGAAUUGAGCCCAAUGUGGUAUGAUGGGAGUGUGCAAGAGAGGAAGCACUUCUAUAUCAAGGAAAUCACAGAGCGUCGUGAUGGAAGCUUCGUCCUGCCUAUCCGGUGGGUGACAAUCCGGAGUGCGGUUCACGCCGAAUGUUACGUCCUUUCAUAUAGCCAAGAGGCAAGUUUCCAAGGCGUGUUUAUGUGGGGACAGGCAUUUUCCAUAGCGGAUCCGGAUCUGGUGAAUGUCCCCGCUUCCGAGCUGACCAGGAAUGCUGUGGAUUUGGAUGGCGAGCAAAAGUACAAAUUGCGCUUCACUGCGAUUGGCUCUCAGGCCUGGAUGAAGGAUAUUGGCCCGCCCCACCCAUUACGGACAAAGGCUGGUGGUCGUCCAAUGUAUCGGAUGCGUGUUAUGCCUUGGAGUGACGACGUUUCUGGAAAUGUUAGCAAGCAAUACAACCCGCAUACCAACAUCUAUAUCCAGAACCUCAGUCUUCCUCAUAAAGUUCUCUCGCAGGAAUAUUUUGUACGCUUCUGCUCCACGUCCUCGUUUGCGUCGAGCUCGGAACAGUUCGUUGCGCUGGUUAAAGACUUCGACGAGGAUAUCUGGCAUUUGGCCUACGAUUGUCAGAACAAAGAAGAAAUUUUGUUCCAGCUCAUCCCUCACCUUCUCCCAGCGGACAAUCCGCAGCAGUCCGAGCACGCUUCCCACAUUGGGGGAAAUGGUCUCAGUAAUUGUCGACGGGAUACGACAGGAGGUCGCGAUGAAGAGAAAGAAACAGAUGAAGGAUACUGCGCCCUUUUCAAGGUACUCCAGCCGUUACUCUUACCAUCGAGACGUGCUCUGAUAAACGCUCCCAAGCCUGGACGUCCCCGGCGGGUCAUGGAAACAAUUGAUACAGUGAAAGCGCAGGUUCGCCUUGCCUGCUAUGGAAAACGCGAUGAUCUUCAGUCGAACAUUUCUCAAUCCGGCGUCAAGGACAAGAUCUCGCAACAUUGGAUCGAGCUCAUGUUCUCCAAAUCCCAGGAACUCCAAGCGCAGCGAAUGAGAGACAGGCUAACGCGAGACCCUCGGCUCAAUGAGAGGAUGUCCCGUGAAGACAGAAUCCGGCUCAAAGAGGCCAUUCAGCGAAAUAUACAGCAUGAGCUCUGGAACGAAAUCGUGUGGCUUCCCGAAGACAGCUUUGACAACAAAGGAAUAAAUCCCCAUUCUGACACGCCUGUCGAGAUUCUGCACACAUGGCUUCUUGGAAACAAGAAGUAUGUUUGGCACGAGACGUCGAAGGGUUGGAGCAAGGCAGAGGAGGCAAUUUUUGCAACUCGCCUUGAAUCGUCUAUCCUCGCAGGCCUGACCACUGCUCCACCGCGCGCUAAAUACUUGGUACAAUACAAGAAUUCGUUGAUUGGAAAGCACUUCAAGGUGUUGCAACAGCUGGCCAUCUUCCACCUUCACGAUCUCUGCUCUGACGUCGUAUUCCAAUUAUGGAGAGCUUCAGGGGAGCUUGGGGCCAUGCUCUGGAUCGCCGAGAUUGACAACAUUGAAGAAUAUCUGAGUGAUCUUCAAGUUCUGAUUGACAACCUUCUCGAUGUUUGGGCGCUCUUCGACCCCGGAAGAAUACUGGUUAAAGUCAAACUCCAUGUUCUGACCCAUCUGGUCGACGACAUUCGACGUUUCGGUCCGGCAAUCCUCUACUCAACAGAGGUUUUCGAAUGCUGGAAUGCGAUUUUCCGGAUGUGCAGCGUCUUUUCCAACCACCUGUCACCUAGCAAGGACAUCGCAACCACGUUGGGCAAAAUGGAGCGAUUCAAACAUCUCAUAAGCAGCGGGUGGUGGAAGCACAGGGGUCAUUGGGUCCAGGCAGGUGUUGAGAUCCGUCUUUUGUUUACGACGAACGCCGAAAUCCAGCGCCGACUUGGAUGGGCUGAUGAGAAGCGGCUGGAGAGAGGAACUGUAAAGCUCCAGGCACGAAGGCAGCUCCACCCUGGUACAAGCGCUUCCCUGAAUCUCCUCGAUGUGACCGGCCUGCCUGGCGACGAAACAUUGGAUCAUUGCAAGUAUGUGAUCUCUCAAUCGAAAGAUCUGUGCAAGGUGGACUUCUGGGUCUUCUACAAGCAGGGGGAGGAGGUCCACUCCGGCCGUAUAUUCAAGAUUUUGGCCAGAACAGGGGCAGCCCUUGUCGAUGGAAACAUUUUUGUUGUGAUUGACCGGUUCACGAUAUUGUCAGCACGAGAUGAACGAAUGCAGAUGCCCAUCCUCGAGUCAGCGGGCGAGCGAGUAGCCAUGGCACCCUCAAAUGUAUUGUUUGCUUUCAAUGCUCAACACGACUGCGUGUCCGCCGGGUGCUCUAUCACUGAACAAGGCCCGAAGAAUGUCAUGCAAGAAAGGAUCUCAACGUCCAUUCCGAAGCCUGCGAUCGUGCACGCCCAGAAGCCUCGAUACUUUCUAAAUACUCACUCUCUCCAUAAUCUACAUCUCAUCCGCAAGACCCUCCCAAGGGAACUACUCCAACCAACCCCAUUCAGUAUUGAUAGUGAGGCUCAUCGCAAGUCCGCGGCCGCCAAACUUCGCAUCAUUGGUCCGGAAAAACGAGCGGAAACUCAGCGGAAAGCGCAAGCAACAAGGGAGAAAAAUAGAAAAGCUGCGGCUACAACACAGAUGGCCAUCGACCCCCCAGUUGACGAACCUGAGCUCGAUGAUGAGAUGGAGGACGUAGACGGACAUGCCUGA